CAGUGUUGGUAAUGACUCUCUCUCUCACACACAGAGACUUAGCCUCCAAAUUUUCCCUCUCUGUUCUCGGCAGUUAAGCUGCCGCAAUCUCACCCACCAAAACCCAGAAACAAAAUUCGAUUUUUUUCCGGGAAACCCAUUUUCCGUUCUUCGUUUUCUUCGAGACCCAUUUGAUUCAUCACCCGAAAUUUCUCUUCUUUUGAUUCCCUUUUCACAUAAACAGUUUCUCCCACUGUGUGAUGUCUUUGUACACACCGUCAUUCGAUUGAACAGAGCCAAUGCCGAUCGCUAGAUUCGAAGUGAGGAACGAGUACGGCCUCGGGAAACGAGAGCUGCACCGGAAUGUUGACCGGGAAGACCCAAAGGCGGUUCUCGACGGCGUCUCCGUAGCCGGAAUCGUCGGGAUCUUGCGGCAACUGGGUGAUCUUGCCGAAUUUGCAGCAGAGAUAUUUCAUGGCAUACAGGAGGAGGUGAUGACCACAGCUUCCAGAAGUAACAAAUUGAUGAUCAGAUUGCAGAAUAUAGAAUCCAUAAUACCUUCUCUUGAGAAGACGAUGCUUGCACCGACUAGCCGUAUACAUUUUGCAUACACAUCAGGUCGGGAGUGGCAUCCUCGUAUACCGAAUGAGCAAAGCCACUUUAUUUGCUACGAUUUGCCUCGAGUUGUUAUGGAUUCAUAUGAAGAAUGCCGGGAUCCUCCUCGGUUGCACUUGCUCGACAAAUUUGAUAUAGAUGGUCCGGGAUCUUGUUUGAAGCGAUACUCCGAUCCUACUUAUUUCAGAAGAGCAUCAGGCAAACCAAUUGAAGUAAACAGUGGCUUCCAGAAAGAUAACAACAACGGUAAAAUUAAGAAGAAAAAAUCUCUGCAAAGAAAUCGGGAUUUAUCAUGUCUGGCUUCUGUGGCUAAGCAGAGUGGCAGGAAGCCAUUUAUUUCUUUAAGCUUCAGCGGAAGAACCUCUUCUUCGAAGACUGCCUCAACGGUUGACACUGAACUGAAAUCCGAUUUACAAGAUCAUUCUCGGUCUUUGGAUUCUAGAAGUGGCUCGGGAUAUAUUGAAGGCCUUUCCACCGCAACCUCUUCAGUGAAGAAUGAAGCAAAAACACUCGGGUUCUCAUCUUCCAGCAUGACACCGGGUGCCCUCACCAUAGCUUCAGUUCUUUCUGAAUGUCAUAGCGAAGACACGGAUGAUCAUUUCUCGUUUAGUCCUUCUCGGGAGCAGGUGGGUCGGGGUUCAUCUUGCGUUAGUUGGGAUGAGAAACCGGAAAUAAUGGAAUCCAAUGGUCAGAAACAUGCAACAAAUGAAGCUCCUGAAAUGGUGGAGACGAGCUUUGAUGUUGAAGUAGAGCAAGAUACGGAAGCUAGUCGGGAAACUGAGAGAGAAUCGGGAAUUGUAUGUGAACUGGAAAUGGAUAGUGAAGAUGAUACAGAGAGCGAAGGAGAGACAUUUGUCGAUGCACUUAACACCAUUGAUUCAGAAUCGGAUAAUGAUUAUGGGUUCAAAACGCGUCGAGAGGUGGAGAAGAAUUCUAAUGAUAUUACAGAUGAAAGAUUGGAAAUUUCAUGCCCUACCGAGGAAGAAACAGAGCCGAGUUCCAACAAUGAUCAGACAUCAUGUGGAAAUGCAUCUGAAGAACUGAUUCAUCGAGAUUCAGUGGUGGAUUUAGAAAACCAUCCCCGACACAGUCAUCUUCCUGCAGGCAAGGAUGUUCAUGAUGGUUCCAAAAGAGAAUAUGAUGAUGUUUGUGAUGGUUCAUUGAAUCAUUUAUGCAAUAACAGCAUGGAUGAACAUCAAGCUGCUGAAACUGAAGCUGAAGCUGAAGCUGAAGCUGAAGCUUAUCAUGAUGACAAACCCGUAACGAUAUGGACAAAUGGGAAUCUAUUGGGACUACAACCAUCAAAACCUCCGGUCUUUGCAGAACCAAAGAACGAAGAUAAGGAGACAGAAAAGGCAGAUAUAGUGGUUGGGAAUCAUCGGCAGUUUCAAAUGGUUUCAAGUUAUACAUCUGAAAAGGCUUCUCAGCCAUUUCCUGAUCCACAUGCCAGUGACGAAAAAUCUCGAGGUUUUGAUAUCAGCCAUAGGUUUCUGAUGAAUGGUUUUCGCAGAAAAGACUCUUUUGCCCGUGAUAGAAAGAUUGUACCAGCAACCAUUCCUGAGAAUGUUGAAGUAGCGGAAGAGAAAACCUUCGAAGAACCCUUCAGAGACGAUACAACUUUUGAUUGGCUUACUUCAUCUCCACCACUUGAACACAUAAAAAUAUCUUUCAACCCUGAGGAGAGCCUUCAGAUCUCGAGACUGAAGCUGAAAUUGCCCGAUGGGGUUCAUCGUCAUGAUGGCAACAAAUACACAUUUUCGUCGUUUCAAUUAGUGCCAGAGCCCGUUACCUAUGUUCAUGAUUUUGAUUCAGAUGACGACACGUUCUGUAGAUCCACUCCUAACAUGUCAGAUAACGAUUAUCCAAGCGACGAUGAUUCCGGCUCAAGUUCCAAGCACUGGGAAGAAUCCACUUCCGAGAGAGAGGACCGAAAGCUAUAUGAUUCUCUGCAUGGAAGUUCACAUGCAAAUCAUGAUGCUGAACCUUCCUCUCUUUCAGAGGAAUCCCUCAAUGUUCCAAGUUUCGAGACUCUAAACCCUAAUUUACUGAUCGAAACAAGGAAUAGUUCUGUCUCGGAGAAUCUCUCAUACCUCCAGAUUCCCGCUGAGCCCUUGCCACCUCCUCUUCCACCCGUACAAUGGAGGGCUUCAAAGGAAUCCACCGAAAGAUUCGAGGAAAAACAGCAGUCACUACAGGAUGAGCUCAAACGUGCACUUGAUAAGAGAAGCUACUUACCUACUGCCUCUCAGCUUUCAUUCACAGAUCCAGUCAAGGAAGAGCAGCCCGGCAUUGUGUCCGCCAUUCCUGAACGAGAAAAUAACGUCCAUCAGAAGAACAAUGGCAGAGAAGAUAAGCAAAUUUCAGGUGUAAAGGAGGCAGACGCUGGAGACUUCUUGCAUCAAAUCCGAAUGAAACAAUUCAAUCUGAGACGAGUAGUAUCUACAAGGCCGUCUACUGCUGCUGCAGCAACAGGCCUUGUUCCAAACACCAGCAUCAACGCCAUUCUUGAGAAGGCGAAUUCAAUCCGUCAGGCUGUUGCCUGCGACGAUGGAGACGAAAGCGAUACAUGGAGCGAUACAUAAAACCAGUUCAUACCCUUCGAAACCCACAUUUCAAAAAACCCUAAAUUUCUUCCGCGUUACCGCUCAGUGUUCGUUCUUUUCUUGAUGAUGGGUUCGAUGAGUUGUUGGCAUUGCAAGACAGGAACAUCGGCGAAGCUUGCGGAGACAUCCAAAGGUUCAGUCUUUUUGUCUGCAAGAAUUAUAUGUAUGUACGUAUAGCGUAUUAAGUUAGAUAGCUUCACGUCGUCGUGUUCGCCAUCUAUGUAUUCAAGAACAGAACAGUAAAAAUAAGAUUCUGUGUUCAGGAAACUCCGUGGAUAACGUUGAAAUCAAGAAGAAAGAAGAGAGAAAUUCGUGGUUUGGGUUUAAAGAAACAACGAAAAGUGGGUUGGCAAAAAGUUGUAUGACUUCGGAAAAGAUAAGGUUGAAUCUCUGAAUCUGAGACCCCGAGUCAUGAAGUCCGGUUCUGUUGUGUUUUUCUUUAUUUAUUUACAUUUUAAAAUUUAUUUGCCAUUUACUCGCGAUAGGUUUAUUUAAAUGGAGAACUUAUUCCUUUAAAAUGAAAAAUUUAUGUUCUGGUUAAUGCCUGCUUUUAAUGCAUA